AUGAACUCCUUCCAUAUAGUAAUAGGCGACUACAUUAAGUCUUUGAUGCCAGGGAAAAGAGGAAUUUCUCCCAGGAGCGUUGAAAGAUACUGUGCAGCUCACAAUAUACACUAUCGCGAUAAGAACAUAAACAGAAAAGAUGUCGACUCUAUCGUUGCUGAAGCAGUGCAGGAGCAAUACCCCGAAUGCUUCAAAGAUAUUGGUGCACUCCCAGGGACAUACAAGAUACCCAUACGAGAGGAUSUUGUYCCAUGUAAAGAUGCUCCGAGAUCUGUACCAGAAAGUCAACGUGAACCACUCYRCAAGGAACUUCAUCGCAUGCAAAGCAUAGGCAUCAUCAAGAAAGUUGAUCAACCAACCGAUKGGGUGAGCAGUAUUGUGAUAGUCGAUAAGCCUAAUGGUGAUGUCAGAAUAUGUUUGGACCCCAAAAGGCUCAACGAUGCUAUCAUACGUGAGCACCACUACACCCAAAAGCUUGAUGACGUGCUACCACAACUGAGCAAUGCCAAAGUUUUCACGCAGGACAUUUUCCAAAGAAAUAUUGACGAAACGUAUGAUGGAUUGCCAGGUAUUGUUGUCUACGGUCAGGACGACAAGAUACAUGACCAGAAUUUAAUUCAAAUGAUGGAACGCACCAAGGAGCGAGGACUGUCACUGAACUCUAACAAAUGCCACAUCAGGCAAUCCAGCAUUUGCUUCUAUGGACACAUUCUAACCAGUGAAGGGAUUAAGCCAGACCCAUCAAAGGUUUCUGCUAUCAAGGACAUGAAAGCUCCACAGAACAUUACACAGUUACAAUCUUUCCUCUCAUCAGUGAAAUAUCUGGGCUCGUUCACCCCAGACCUCUCAAACCUCUGYGCACCGCUCAACAAACUCACUCGAAAGGACACAGACUUCCAGUGUGGACCUGAGCAACAAACAGCCUUCGAAACCAUCAAAGAGUCAAUUGCCUCAAUAAAAGUACUUGCGUACUUUGAUUAA